AUGCCGCUCUUCAGUCACUAUGGGGAUGUCGAAGACAUUUCUGAUCGUCUAGCCGUUCCAGCUCUGGUAUUCUCCAUUAUCACGCCCUUAUUCAUUAUAGCGAGGGUUGCUACUCGGCGAUACUAUUCAAAGAGCCUUGGGCCUGAUGACUGGACAAUAUUAGGAUCUCUGGUGUUUGCGGAAACCAUUUCGAUUCAGAUGAUCAUCAUAUGUGGGUGGGCAUUUGGCAAACAUAUCGAUGACAUACCUCCGGAGUUGCUUGCAAAGUCCUUAAAGCUGUACUAUUUCGCACAAAUAUUUUACAAGAUAACUAGUGCCUUGACGAAGAUAAGCGUUUUGCUUCUCUAUCUUCAGGUAUUCAUUCCAUCCUGGUUCAAGACUACCUGUUGGGCGGGCAUCGCAGUUAUCGCUGCAUUUACCGCUGGGACCGUGGUCUCAAGUAUUUUCCAGUGCAACCCAGUCCCUUAUGCGUUUGACAAGAAGACUCCAGGAGGUGGAACAUGCAUAAAUGUGGCUGCAUUUUGGUUUGCAAAUGCGUCUUUCAUCAUUGCAACAGAUGUGUUUAUCGUCCUGCUGCCUAUUCCAGUUAUACUUCGGCUACAGCUGCCGGACAAGAGUAAAGUGGCUCUAUGCGGAGUGUUUGCUCUCGGAUUAUUUGUCUGCAUAACAUCGGUUCUCCGCAUUACAACUAUCGACGUUGCGACGUCCCGUUCCGAUACACCCUGGACGAAUAUAAACUCGUCAGUGUGGACAGUCAUCGAGUAUAACCUUGCGAUCAUCUGUGCAUGCAUGCCGUCGCUGUGGAGGCCGAUAUCGAUACUCAUCCCCAGCUUUCUGGAACGGUUUGUCAACUCCUGCUACUGGUCAAGCAAGCACAAAAGCAGCCAUGCCCAUAGCAGCGGGCCUUCGGUCAUAAGCGCAGCCAUGAGGGCAGAACAAUCAAACCCAUACUUCAGUAGAGCAUGGUCCCCAUUGCCUUCAAAUGCUCUGCCCCCCAACAAAUCCAGGUCACGGCAUCCUAGUACCUCCGCUAGCAUCGGGAUUGGGAAGUUGGAUCUGGAUCUAGAGUCGCAGGAGAGAGUCGAUGCUAUGGUUGAUAAGGACUGUGAUUCAGAAAAGCACGGCAUUCGUAUGACUACUCACGUCGUCGUCAAGUACGACGAAGCGAGUGAAAAUGGAGAAUAUUUGGACAAUAAACAGACGGAUAUUGAACUACGGCAUGUGGAAAUCGGUGCCCGGUAG